GUGGAUGAAAUUCGUUACAUUCGUGGCCAGUGACCACCGGCGGCUCGGUGUGGGGAAACAGUAUAAAACGGUGAUCGAUCCCACCAUCAUCCUGCUGCGUGUGGUAGAGCACCGUCCGAUGGGCUACAUAGCGCUGGAAUCUGUCGGGAAGGAUCCGAUCUUUCAGCUACGGGUCGAGUUCCACUUCUGCCGCGGUGGCAUCCGUGCGAAUGACACCGGAAGCGGCCCUUUUUGCGCACCGAAGGUUCUCGGAAAAUCGGACCAGUUUGCUACAGGAGCCAGCACCGGUGACCAUCCGUGUGCGUCGGAACCGGGUAGUGGACUCGGUGUGAAGAUCUUCUUUCGCCAACCAUCUUUCCUCUUUCAGAACACAAUCGGAGCCGUUCUGCGGACAGUAAUCAAUCGGCAGCUGAAUCAUUCGCUGCACAAUCUGCGCCACAUACUGCCCCACGUGGAACGAAAUUACGGCGUGUUGUCUUAAGCCGUCUUCACACCAAGAUGAAUCCUAACACCUAAAUCUUAAA